AUGGCGGGCCAUUUUCGUACCCUGCCGCCUCAGAAGAAGAGCUUCCCAGCGCAGCCACAGUUCUCGGGGUUCAUGAGGCCCUGUCGCUAUGAAGGUGGCAUCGAGAAUCUUGAGAUCAUUGGAGAAAUCCCGCAUGAGAUAGAUGGCACGUUCUAUCGAGUUAUGCCAGACCCUCAUCUCCCUCCAAUGUUCGAGGAUGACCCAUGGUUCAACGGAGAUGGGACUAUCAGUGCCUUUCGAAUCAAAGACGGACAUGUAGAUUUCAAACAACGAUAUGUCCGAACAGAGAAGUUUGUCAGGGAGGCAGAAGCACGACGAGCUUUGCUGGGUCGGUACCGGAACAGAUACACAGAUGCUGUGGAAUUCCAAGUCCGCUCCACCGCCAACACCAACAUAGUUUAUUUCCAAGGCAAGUUGCUGGCCCUGAAAGAAGACUCGCCACCAUAUGCAAUGGACCCGGAGACCUUGGAAACGAUCGGUCUAUGGGACUUUGAUGGGCAACUUCCCAGCGUGACAUUCACGGCUCAUCCAAAGUUUGAUCCUGUGACGCGGGAAAUGGUCUGUUUUGGUUAUGAGGCAAAAGGGGACGGGACACCAGACGUAUGCUACUGGACUGUUCGUCCUGACGGGACAUUCGGCGAGACUGUCUGGUUGGUUGCGCCGGUAGUCGCUAUGAUCCACGACUUUGCCGUGACAGAAAACUAUGUAAUAUUCCCAAUCAUACCUCAAACAUGUGAUCUGGAGCGGAUGAAGAAAGGUGGAGAGCACUGGCAGUGGGAUCCCACGAUUCCAAUGUACCUAGGUGUCCUACCACGAUAUGGAGCGAAGGGCUCAGAUGUUAAGUGGUUUCGCGCUCCCCACGGGUUCCCUGGGCACGUCAGCAACGCAUACGAGGACUCCUCCGGCCAAAUCAUCAUCGACUUCCCCGUAUCAUCGCAAAACGUAUUCUUCUGGUGGCCCGACAAAGACGGGCACUCGCCCGACCCACGAACGAUAACCAACCAGCUGCGUCGCUUCAUCAUCGACUACAAAUCCGAGACUCUUGAUCUUCCGCCCGGCAAGAUCCUCUUCGACGCCGAUGUCGAGUUCCCCCGUAUCGACGAUCGUCUUGCUAUGCAUCGGUACAAUAUCGCGUUUACGUGCCUUAUGGAUCACACGCUAGGCACGGACUGGCCGUACAUCAGCCAAGUAAUGGGCGGGGGCUUCCCCCCCUACAACUCCCUCGCCAAGUUCAACAUCGAGCAAGGCACGCAAGAGACAUGGUUCCCUGGUCCCCGCCACCUAGUUCAAGAAUGCGUCUUCAUCCCCCGGAAGAACAACAGCACCGAAGAGGGCGAUGGCUACGUGAUGGCCCUCGUAAAUAAUUAUCAUGAGAUGAUUAGUGAGUUGAUCGUCCUGGAUACCAAGGAUUUUGGAAAUACUUUGGCGCGUAUUAGGUUGCCUCUUAGAUUAAGAGCCGGCUUUCAUGGGAAUUGGGUUGAUGCGGAGGAUGUCGAUGGACAUCCGGCUCCUGCCGCAAACUAG